AUGAAUAGAAACAAUAUGUUUGAUAAUGAGCAAAAUGAAACCACCAAUGUUAAUUAUCCAGUAUCAAAAAAUAACAAUAUGAAUAUGUCUUAUGAUUUUAAUGCUAAUUCAUUAUUCAAAAAUGACUUGAAUGAUUAUUUUAAUACAUUUAUGCAAAAAACGAAGCAUCCAUAUGUGUGUUUAACUCAUAUAUUUUUUAAGCUCUUAUCUAUAAUAUUAUAUUUCAUUGGACCCUUCAUAUUUCGAAAUGAUCAGUCUAAGGAAAAUGAUUUCAUUGUAACAUUUGCAAUAACUCUUUUUUUAGUAUCGUUGGAUUUUUAUUUGGUUAAAAAUAUCACUGGAAGAUUUUUAGUAAAAAUGAUAUGGUGGAUCGAUGCCAACCCUGAUUAUUCUAACAAAAUCGUUUUCCAAUCUUCCGAAGAAACCUCAUUAAAUAAUAUAGAGAAAAAUAUUUUUUGGUAUGCAUUAUAUGCAUAUUUUUUAAUAUGGCUUAUGCAAACAAUACAAAUGUUAAUGUCCUUACAACUUUGUUGGUUUUUAUUAUGUUGUAUAUGCUUAUUUUUGUCUUUUUAUAAUUUAUUUAAUUUUUGGCAAUGCUCAAAAGAACAACGAAAAGUGGUUGCAAAUAUUAUGAGCAAUGUUAAUUUAAAUUAUAUAUAUAAUAAAAUAUUUUAUAAUAUGUAA